UGGAACCAGCUGAUGGAGCUCAGGACCGCUCCUUGGUCCUGUGUGCUGAGGAAGCAGGUCUAGCGCCCCCCUGAGCUGACAGUCAUAACCCUUCAUCCGUUCCGCGGGGACAGGACCGCUGCUCCGUCAGUUUCUUUCCCCGCUCUUGAGCGCCCGGCGAUGCGGUGCUGAGCAGGUGCGAGCAUCGUGAAGGACACACGGACUCGACUGGACUGGACGGACGCGUUUUGCCCGCUACGUAAAGGAAAACCAGGCUGAUGUUCCAUCAGCUGAGCUUCUCGCUGUAACCCCACCAGGUGGUCCUCACUUCAACAUCAUGCUGCGCCUCACCCUGCUCCUCCAUCUCCUGGUCCUCUCACUCUCCCCUGCAGAUGCAUCAGUGCACGGGGAGGUACCUGACUUUUAUGGAGACGAAGCCACAGGUUACGGGCCGGUGUUUGAGGAGCAGCCGGUGGAGACCAUCUACCCCGAGGAGUCGCCCGAGGCAAAAAUCACCAUGAGCUGCAGGGCCCGGGCCAGUCCACCUGCCACAUACAAGUGGCUGAAGGACGACAUGGAGAUCGACCUGAACGCUGAGGGCAGCCACUACAGUUUAGUGGGAGGCAACUUGGUCAUCAGCAACCCCAUCAAAACCCAACAUGUGGGAAAGUACACCUGCUUGGCGAGCAACACGUACGGCACGGUGAUCAGCCAAGACGCCUCGGUUCAGUUCGGAUACCUCGACCUUUUCUCGUCAGAGGAGAGGGAGUCGGUUUAUGUCAAAGAGGGGCAGGGGGCCGUGCUGCUCUGCGCCCCCCCACCACAUUAUCCAGCCGAGCUGUCAUUCCGCUGGAUCCUCAACGAGUUCCCCACCUUCAUCCCGCUGGACAAGAGGCGCUUUGUCUCCCAGAUAACGGGUAACCUUUACAUCUCCAAGGUGGACUCCUCGGACAGCGGCAACUACUCCUGCAUCGCCUCCAGCCAGUCUAUUUCCAAGAGCGUUUUCUCCAACUACAUCCCCCUCGUACCUCUGGCUGAACGUCCCAUCAGAAAAUACCCCGCUGACCUCAAAGUGAAGUUCCCAGACACCACUGCUCUGGUGGGGCAGAAUAUCACCUUGGAGUGCUUCGCUUUGGGGAACCCCGUCCCCGAGAUCCGCUGGAAGAAGAUCGACGGACAGCUGCCAGCCAAUCACGAGGUGCGGAUGGCGGGGGCCCAUCUGCACCUGUACAACGUGCAGUUUGAGGACGGCGGCACCUAUCAGUGCGAAGCUGUGAACUCCAGGGGAAAGGACUACCACACUGCCCGAGUGUCUGUGGAAGCUUUCCCUGAGUGGGUGGAGCACAUCAGCAGCAUAGAGAAAGACCUCAGCAGCGAUUACACCAUGUCCUGCAUGGCCAGUGGCAAACCCAAACCACGCAUUCGCUGGCUGAAAAACGGAGAACUGCUCGACAGGAAAGAAAUGAGGUUCAGCAGCUUGGCUUUCGACGAUUCGGGGAUGUACCAGUGCAUAGCGGAGAACCACCACGGAGUCAUAUACGCCAACGCAGAGCUGCGUGUGUUUGCCUGUGCUCCCACGUUUGAGCACAACCCAGUGAAGAGAGUCCUGGCAGCUAAAAACGGCCGGGUGGUGAUCGAAUGUCGACCCAAAGCGGCUCCAAAGCCCGCCUUCUCUUGGAGCAAAGACACCGAGCUGCUCUCCAACUCCACCAGGGUGUUCAUCUGGGAGGAUGGGAGCCUGGAGAUCCUCAAUGUGACGCGAGCGGAUGAAGGCAGGUACACCUGCUUCGCCGAGAACGACCGGGGCAAAGCCAACAGCACGGGCUCUCUGCAGGUUACAGAGUCCACAAAGAUCACCUUGGCACCGGCCAACUCCGACGUUAAAGUGGGUGAAAACGCCAGGAUGCAGUGCGCCGCGUCACAUGACAACUCUCUGGACAUCACCUUCAUCUGGUCCCUGGAUGGACGCGUCAUUGACCUGCACAAGGACAGUCAACACUUCGAGCGCACCCCGAAUGGAAGCUCAAACGGCGAGCUGCUGAUCAAGAACGCCCAGCUGAAGCACGCUGGACUCUACACCUGCAUGGCUCAGACAACCAUCGACAACGUUACCGCCUCGGCCCAGCUGGUUGUGAGGGGUCCCCCCGGUGCCCCCGGUGGGGUGCGCGUGACGAACAAAACUGACAAGAGCGUGACGCUGCAGUGGAGCCGCGGAGCAGACAACCACAGCCCCAUCUCCAAAUAUACCAUCCAGUACAGGGACUCCUUCUCUGCGGAUGUCUGGAAGGCUGCCACUACAUCUCCUGCAGACGUGGAGGGGAACGAGGAGACGGCCACAGUGGUGGAUUUGUUCCCCUGGACAGAAUAUGAGUUCAGGGUGACUGCCACCAACACUCUGGGGACAGGAGAGCCAAGCAGCCCGUCAGCUAAACACAAAACCCUGCAAGCAGUUCCUGUGGUGGCGCCCUCGGACGUCGGCGGGGGCGGAGGGACGAGCAAGGAGCUGACCAUCACGUGGACGCCUGUGCAGCCACAGUACUACUAUGGGCCCAACUUUGGCUACAUCGUGGCCUUCAAACAGCAAGGCAGCAACGAGUGGAUGAAGGUGACGGUGGCCGACCCCCAGGCCAAGCGCUACGUCCACAAAGACUCCUCCAUCCCCUCGUCAACACAGUUUCAAGUGAAAGUCAAAGCGUUCAACAGUGAAGGCGAGGGACCCUUCAGCCUUACAGCCGACAUAUAUUCUGCGCAGGAUGCUCCAUCUGAAGCUCCUGUCAUUGUGAACGGCAAAGCUCUCUCCGCCACAGAAGCCGUCGUGUGGUGGGUGCUUCUCUCACACCCCAAUAUAGACGGAUACCAGGUGAAGUACUGGAGGAAUCAUGAAGACAGCGAGGGCGGGGCCCAGCGGGUUGUGGUACCUGGCACCAAGGACCACACCAGGCUGGAGGGUAUGAAGGCCAACUCCAACUAUCUUGUCGAAGUUCGGGGCUACAACUCUGCAGGAUACGGGCCACCCAGCGAGCACCUCACGAUCCACACCAAGAAAGCCCCUCCAAGUCAAGCCCCCAGAAUAACUGGUCAUAAAUUAAAGGGCCAGACCGUCUAUAUCGCAUGGGAAAAAGUGGAACCAAUGCCUGAUGAGGCGUCGAUAGAUGGGUACAAAGUGCUGUACAGGAAGCAGGGCCACUCCACAGGCACUCUGUACACGACAAGUAAACAUUCCAUAGACAUUCCCCUGGCAGCAGAUGGGAGCUUGUAUGUGGUGGAGGUCCGGGCGCACACAGAGGGGGGAGACGGCGCUGUGGCACAAAUCAAAAUCACAGGCACAGGUGGAGGCGUCAUGGUCGCCCAGUCUCUCAGCCUACUCUCCCUGCUCCUGGUGGCUCUCCUCUGCCUCAACCUCUGAAUGUAGCGCCAUCUUUGUCUUCACUUUUCCGUGAAGGAGACUCUUUAUGGUUGACGCCUGUAAGGACUAUGGGAAUCUCUCUGCAAACGUUUGGUUCAACCCUAUAACCCCGGGACGUCAUAUUCCAAAUCUUCCCCUCUGGAAUAUGUUUGUGGACAUAGACACAGAAAUGGAAAAAAAAAACCAACAAAAAAAAAUUGGAAAUGGACAAAGACAUCCCUUAUUUAUCCACAAAAAGCCUCUUUGGAGGAGUGUCAAAGGAGUUCUGUCAACUUUUUAAAUAUGCCUUAUAUAAACGACUGCACUUAUCUUUUACAAAAUAAAAACAACUUGUUUUAAAGUGGAUCACGAGCGAAAGUGUGAACAUCACGCUUUGCAAAGGUUGGCUGUUCAGUCUUUUUACAUUGUGAAGCCGACCUUUCUCAUAGAAACAAAGACAGUGUAUCCUCAGAAAUGUAGGCUUCAUUUGAUCUGAGAUAUUUGGGAAAAUCUAUCCUACAGUGCAUUCCAUAGUAUAAGGCAGACAAGCAGCUGUGAAGGAUAAGUGUACGAGUUUAUCAAAAUGUCUUUAUGUCUUUCUUUACUUGCAGUUCAGUGGCAUCUUCUUCUAUUUCCUUUUUUUUUAAAAAAAUGAAGCACACCAUUUGUUACAGAGAUACAGUCAAAGCAAAUCUCACCCUCUCUUAUUUGAUUUUAACAUCAUAGAGGAGAGAGCAAUUUAUGUAAUGCUUAAAUAAUAUAGUAUAUCCAAUAACUGUUUUUUCUAUCUAAUAUACUAUGGAUGUUAUUUGAAAAGAAAAAUAGAUUUUUGACCUGCAAUCAAUGCUUAUUUCCAAAAUCGUAACAUGAGCUCUAUUAAUAGAAAAAAACAAAAAAAAAACACAUUCAGAAAAUUGUGUGCAUGUCGACUUUGUUACGUGGAGCGAGCGGUUCAGGAGCGGAUCUGUAUUCGCAAAAAGCGGAAUAUUAAGCGAACCGCAGGAAACAGGAAAGGGAACCGAACAACAUAUCAGUCGUGCAGUUUUCACAUGCAAAACUACAGCAAACAUUGUGCGACAGUGGUUAUUUUGAUUGCUCGCCACCUCUGGUUUUAUUUGUGCUGAACUGUGCGGUGAUUGGAAGCUUCGCCACAACAUCUGGGUCGAUAUUAAAAACUGCUCCAUGUUUGUGAACUAAACCUGAACUAAAAAAAAAAAAAAACAAAGAGAAAAAAAGCAAACUUUUUGUUUUGACUGUAUCAUUAGGACCUCAGUGGUACCCGCUGGUGCUUUGUAAAGAAUGUUGGCAUUUUUAUUUUUUUGUUAGUGUAAACAUGUUCAUUUCAUCUCAUUUAUGGCUUUGUGUGAGAGUCACUACUAUUAACAGUUACAGUGAACGGUAGCGACACUCAUGCCCUCCAAUAAUUGUGCAAUGUCUGAUUCAUUUGUUGCUACUUCAUAUUUUCUAAUAAGACAACUUGCCUAGCUCCUAAAACGGUGAUCUAGAAUAUUACAUUUUUCGUCAUCUGGAACAAACUGAAGCAAAGCCAUCCAUGUGAACGGUGAGAGCCCAUUCGAAGCUCACAACGUUGUUUUGUCCGCACUAUUUGUCUUUUUAUUAACAUGUGGUCAGAGAUAUAUAAACAUUAUCAACUGUUGUCGUUCCUUUUGUUUAUGAUUAUUAUAUUUGUAUGUCAUGAUCCACGUCUAGCUGGACAGUUUAAAAGUUUAUUUCCCUCGAGUGGAGGAACAAAAGCUGUGUUUUGAACUCCUCCGGUUCAUUUCUUGUAUGACUGAUGCUGGCCAUGCUUCUACAUUGUGACUAUAUCAACAUCCACCACAAAGUGCUUUUCCCAGUUUCCCUUCAUGCGACAAAUCAAAAAAAAGAGUUGCCAAAUGCAUGAAUGCCUUGAACUCUGACAUUUUGGACAAAAGCAGUGGCUCUACAUUCUAACAUGCAUGACAUUGGAGAGGAAGCAGCACAUUACGACAUCAUAGCGACUUCUCAACCUCUCAGCUUCAUAUGAGAUACAUUCCAUUCCUGAGUGACAUCCCUUUAUGUCAGAGACAGUGUAGAUGUAAGUCUAAUAUGUGCAUUAGCUGCUAAGCUUCAUUAAGCCAGUCAUCUCAUGGGGAGAGGUGUUUCACAGACAGAAUGUCAGACUGACUAAAGGAAUCUCACUCAUUAAAAGUUCAGAAACGGUCCCACAGUCUCGCACACACGAUGGUGGGGAUUUGAUAGCAUCACUGGUGGCAGUGGCGGCAUGUUUGCUGAAGUUCAGCGCUCCGCUGGACUUGAACAGCACUUGUGAGGGAUGAAACUGGAACCUCUCAUUGGCUGGACAAGGAACAAUAAAAUUGUAGUUAACUUUAAA